CCGGGGAUAUAUUUUGAUGUCCCUUGGCGGCGCACGGCCGUUGGGAAUUAAACUAGUCUGCCCUGUACGUUUGACCGCUGUCAGUGUCCUACAGUUAGCCGUAGCCGUUAGCCUGCUAACUGCUAAUGUGCUCAAGCUAACGUUAGCACGUCAGCCUGACAGCAGAGAGACGUUAGCAUCUUGAGGGAACCCAGAGUCCAGGCUGACAAAUAUCCUCCUGUGGCGACCUGCAAAGAAUGAGGAUGUCUUUGAAUGAAGAGGGUUAUGUGGUUCGAAUCAGAGGACUACCAUGGUCUUGCACGCAGGAGGAGGUUGCCAGUUUCUUCUCUGACUGUGACAUCGUUGGGAAAGUAAACGGAGUGUGUUUCACCUACUCUAAAGAAGGCCGUCCCAGUGGAGAGGCAUUUAUUGAGCUGAAAACGUCAGAGGAUUUCAAGAAUGCCCUCGCCAAGGACCGUAAAUACAUGGGACACCGAUACAUAGAGGUGUUCAAGUCAAACCGUAGUGAGAUGGACUGGGUGCUGAAACGUAGCGGUCCUGCUGACUAUGACAGUUGCAGCGGCUGCAUGCUGCGACUUAGAGGCCUUCCCUUUGGCUGCAGCAAGGAGGAGAUUGUUCAGUUCUUCUCAGGGUUGAGAAUCGUGCCAAAUGGGAUUACUCUGCCAGUGGACUACCAGGGGAGGAGCACAGGGGAAGCCUUCGUGCAGUUUGCCUCAAAGGAGAUAGCAGAAAAGGCUCUGGGGAAACACAAGGAAAGAAUAGGGCACAGGUACAUAGAGAUUUUUAAGAGUAGUCGCAAUGAGAUCCGAGCCUACUAUGAGCUGCCCCGGCGGGGAAUGGGUGGUCAGAGACCAGGGCCCUACGAUAGACCCAUGAUGGGGGGUGGCAGAGGAGGGUUUUUUGGGCCUGGGCCUGGCCGCGGAGGGGCUCUGAUGGACACCAUGAGGAGCGGAGGGGGCUAUGGAGGAGGUUACGGUGGCUUUGACAGCUACAACGGCUUCAACAACUACUGUUUUGGCAACGGCAUGUUUGAUGAGCGAGUGAGAGGAGAGAGGGGAGGAAGAGGGAUGGGAGGACAUGGUUACGGUGGUCAAAGUGACAUUUGUUCAGGCUUCCACAGCGGCCAUUUUGUCCAUAUGAGGGGUUUACCUUUCCGUGCCACAGAGGGAGACGUUGCUAAAUUCUUCUCUCCUUUGAAUCCACUGAGGGUCCACAUUGACGUGGCUCCAAACGGCAAGUCGACUGGAGAGGCAGAUGUGGAGUUUCGCUCCCAUGAAGACGCUGUGGCAGCCAUGUCCAAAGACAAGAACCACAUGCAGCAUCGCUACAUUGAGCUGUUUCUGAACUCAACAGCCAGUGGAGCCGCUGAGAUGAGUCGUGGCGGCAGUGGUUACUACGGUAACUCUGGAGGGGGCGGAGGCUCACGGAGCAGUGGGCUGCGAGGUUCAUACUGAUGAUGUCAUCCCACUUUUCCAAUCCAUCCUGACCGUUUGUCUCGAGUCUCUUCAGGCCACAUUCACUCGAUUACUUUUUCUAAGCAGGAGAGCUGAUCUGAGGUCAGUCGUUGUUUUUAUCGUGGAGUUGUACUAAAACUUCACCUCUGAUACUAAAACAGACCAAAUACGACCUGAACAAGCACUAUUAUUAUUAUUCUUAUUAUUAUUACACCAUUCCUAAAAGCAUUUGAAGAACAAAACAGCUCGUCAACAUGAAGAUGUCGGAGCUGUUGUAGGUGCUGAACAUGGUUAAAGGGUCAUAUAGGAGACUUCGUGUUUGUCUUAUAUUUUUAAAAGGGUUGGUUAUUGUAAUAUAGGUUUUUACGACUCACAUGAAAAGUAAAUUUUCUCAAUUGAUCUGAUUAAGAGAAAUCAAGCACCUUUUAUUCAGAGUUUGAAUGGUAUUGAGAGGGCAGUAACUGAAUGUGUUGCAGUUUUUCGUGACUUCAUUGGAAUGCACUUUAAUCAUCUCAGCUCACGUCUCACUGUUGGCAGGAGACGUUCAUUAGUGCAGAGGAGACAGAUUAACAACUGUUGGAUCUGAUACAGGAAGGAAUCAUUUUGUGCCACUGCUCUGUCGAGGCCGAGCAUGGUCACUGCAGCACUAAGAAGCAACGUCAAAACGUUACAAGAUUAGAAUUUUUAAAAAAUUAAAAAAUCUUAGUUAAUUCUGGUUUAAAUUUGUUGUCAGCAGAACAUUUAAGCAUCCUGUAAUUUACUGAUUCAAACAGAUCAGCUUUUCUGCUUUGAAGGUUUGAUAAAUGUGAGCCAGUGUGUUUUUUUAUGAAUGUUUUCACAGUUCAUUACAGAAUUUAAAACUAAGUUGAAUAUUAUAUUCCACUCUCAAAGAGUGGAAGUAAAAUAAAGUCUCUAUAUUUGAGCUGUAAGAUAGCUUAUGCAGCUGUUGUACAUUUUGCCUAAUAAAUUUUAUAUUUAAUUCUCUUUCUGUCUCCCUGACAUCACUUUACAAGAAGUAUUUGUGUUACGGUUGUGAAUAAUUCUCUGUUUAUGAGGUGUGUAAUCAAGAAACAAUCAGAGUUAGCUGAUUUAAGCGGGAACAGUGCAACAAGAGUAAAUGUUCACACAGAAAUGUCAAUGUCAAAAAAACAUGAAGAAUGUUGUUUGUAAUGUGGUUUAAUCAGAAACUGCUACACAGUCAAGGCAACAUACUGUUGGCAAUAGAGUUAAUAUUAAACUGGCAGGAUUUAGUAAGCUAAAGGGCCACAGUGAUUAUCAACAUUAUGUACAUACAACAUGUCCCAUUGAAAGCUGGGACAUGUUUAAGAGCAACACUGUACAAAAAGGUUUCAGGCCUGGGUGCAUUUCAGAAACAUGUACCUAUAGUAAUGAUAUGAUAAACUGGUUGAGUUUUAAAUACUUUAAACAAUAAAAAACCCUCGGUGAAAUAAACCCAGGCCUGUUUCAUCUCUUCAUGGGAAUGAAUACUUCCAGUUCUUGAAAGGUCACAGGUUGUAAACAUCGUAUUGAAGUACAAAACCAGAAUGUGCUGUGGAACUUGUAUAACCCGUCACUGAAGAGUGUACAGUCAUCAGCAUUAGUUUGAAAACACAAACAUUAAAAAAAACAAAAAUAGUCUAGAGUUUCAAACUUUCCCUCUCAGGAAUGGAGCAGCAGUAAAAUGUGGUUCUUCUAUAUCGUUUCCAUCUGCACUGAAUUACAUCUAACUUCAAGUGAAGAGGAAACAAACAAAUUCCCAAACUUCUGAAAGUAAAAAUGACUGUGCAUAACACAAAAUCAAAUAUAAAUACUCUCAAAUUCAUCUUUCUUACAGCUAAUAUUGGAUUGGCAAGUGUUCAGAUAUAUUUUGUGGCUGUGGUGUCAGACGUGAGCAACACUCAAGUCUGUUCUUAACUUCUAACUAGUCAGUGAAGUGGUCAUGGUGUGAGCUGGCCAACAACUACACAGCCAGUUAAGACUGAUUUCAAAGUGUCACCAGAGAGGACAGCAUCUGGUGCUCUUCUUGGUCCUUAAAGGGAUAGUUAAGAUUGAUACUUCACCACAGUCAGUGUAUUACCUACAAUAGAUGGCGGUCGGCACGCCCCAGUUUGGAGAAACAGGCAGGAGUACCGCCACGGAAGCUAAGCAAUGUACUGCUGUGGAGGCAGGCAGCAGGGAAACAUAUUUUAGACACCUAAAAACCAUCAAUAUCAGUUUAACUGUGCACUGUAUUUAGAGUAUUUUCACCGCUUUACCCUGCCGACAGAUGUCCUUUCCGACAGGGCACUAAAGCUAUCAUCUCUGGUCUCUUUAAAGCCACCAGACUCCAUCAUGAAAAUCAGUAAUUCUACCUCACAGGACACAGGAGUUGCAGGUCUACCACUGCCUCCAUCUGCUAGUUAGUGUUAUUGUGUGACUUUGGCGUAUCUAAACUAGCCCACUGAGGCAGUGGUAGACCAGCAACUCCCAUGUUCUGCGAGGUAAAAUAACUGCUGUCAAAGGAGUCUGGUGGCUUUGAAGAGAGCAUACAUACAAUGGCUUUAAGUUCCUGUUGGAAAAGGACUGUCUGAUAGCAAGGUAAGGGGCCAUACACAUGCCACAUUGUUUGCGUGCUCAAAUUAAUUGUUGUCAAUGAGGAUGCAUGGCAGGCACGCACAACACUGGAGCGACGCACGUGUUCCCAAAGGCCUAUUUUUCAGGGAGCAACGACUGUGCCCUGAGAUAAAGAGGUCAGCUUUUGAAGUGCAGCAGCACACAUUGCAUGUCAUGUGACAACAAACAACCAAUCACAGCUGACAGAUAUCUUUCCCUUCUUCCGUAAAUAUCAGUUUGUGGUAAAUAUGGAAAAGUUGAUCAUUUUGGUGCAGGGCUGCCAGAACUUUUCAUAUGCCCACACACAAUAGGCCUACACACAAAAAGCACCUGGAAGAAGAUCAGCUCUGCACUUAGGAUUUCAAGUAAAUAGGCUACGAUACAGUUCUUAUUAAGGUUGCUUAGCAACCUCAGACACAACCUGCUGCUGUGCUCUUGAAAGCUGGCACAAAAAAGACACUAAAGAAGCACCUAACCUCACAUUUUCCAGGUGGUUAAAGACGCGAAAACAAUGUCAAUAUAGCAUAAACAUACAGAUAUUUUAGGUGUCUAAAAUAUGUUUUCCUGCUGCUGCCGUCCACCGCAGUACACUGCUUAUUCUUCCAUAGCAGUACUCCUUUCUACUUUUCCAAAUUGUGGGCACGCUGACUGCCAUCUACUGCAGGUAACACACUGACUAUGGAUGAGUGCCUCAUACAACGCAAAUGAUCCCUUUAAAGCAGCUUCCACUGCAUUAGUGUCUCCAACAAACAGUGUAAUGUGCCUUUAAUCUAGAUUUCCUUGGCUACUAGUGACGCCUAGUGUUGCUACUUGGAAACAUUUUACUUUAGACUCUCCCUCCAAAAAUCCUGUCUGUAGAAAUCCAGGGCUCAUUUUGGCAACAUGAGAAGCACAAGUGCGCAAUACUCCUUGCAUUCACACAGGCACAAAC